AUGGGUUCUUCGAAGUGUUUUCUUUGUUUACUACUGAUUUUCAGUCUCGCUACCUACACCUAUGCUGUUGAAGUCUCUCAUGAUGGGAGGGCCAUCACCAUUGAUGGUGAACGUAAAGUUCUUAUCUCUGGUUCUAUUCACUAUCCAAGAAGCACAAGCGAGAUGUGGCCCGAUUUGAUAAGGAAAGCAAAGGAAGGUGGGGUAGAUGCUAUUGAGACUUAUGUUUUCUGGAAUGUCCAUGAGCCGUUACGCCGUCAAUAUGAUUUUACUGGCAAUUUUGAUCUUAUAAGGUUUCUGAAAACUAUUCAAGACGAAGGACUAUAUUCUGUUCUUCGGAUAGGACCUUAUGUUUGUGCCGAAUGGAACUAUGGAGGAUUUCCUGUAUGGCUGCACAAUUUGCCAGGGAUUGAGCUCCGAACAGCCAAUACUGUGUACAUGAAUGAGAUGCAAAACUUCACAGCCUUGAUAGUGGAUAUGGUGAAGCAAGAGAAGCUUUUUGCAUCACAAGGAGGUCCUAUCAUUCUUGCUCAGAUUGAGAAUGAAUAUGGGAAUGUAAUUUCAUCCUAUGGAGAUGCAGGAAAGGCCUAUAUUGAUUGGUGCUCCAACAUGGCUCAGUCCUUGGACAUUGGAGUUCCGUGGAUUAUGUGCCAACAGGAUGAUGCACCACAGCCAAUGAUAAACACUUGCAAUGGGUUUUACUGCGAUCAAUUUACACCAAACAAUCCCAACAGUCCUAAGAUGUGGACAGAAAACUGGACUGGAUGGUUUAAGAGUUGGGAUGGAAAAGAUCCACAUAGAACUGCGGAGGACGUUGCUUUUGCUGUUGCACGAUUUUUCCAGACGGGAGGAACUUUCCAGAACUAUUACAUGGUUCGUUAUCAUGGUGGAACUAACUUCGGCAGAACAUCGGGUGGUCCAUACAUUACUACAUCAUAUGACUAUGAUGCACCUCUUGAUGAAUUUGGUAAUUUGAACCAACCAAAAUGGGGACACUUGAAACAACUCCACGAUGUGUUGCAUUCAAUGGAGAAGACUCUCACCUCCGGCAAUAUCACCAACAUUGACUUCGGAAAUUCUGUUUCAGCAACAAUUUAUGCAACAAAUGAAACAUCAAGCUGCCUUUUUGGCAAUGCCAAUACAACAACUGACGCAACUAUCAGCUUCCAAGGAAACCAAUAUAAUGUUCCAGCUUGGUCAGUCAGUAUUCUUCCCGAUUGUCAGAAUGAAACUUAUAAUACAGCCAAGGUCAAUACUCAAACUUCUGUGAUGGUAAAGAAAUCAAACGAAGCAGAAAGUGAACCAAUGGCUCUUAACUGGGUGUGGAGGCCUGAGAACAUUGACGAUGCUGUCGUUCAAGGCAAGGGCCUUCUUUCUGCUAAUCAACUUGUGGACCAAAAGUCUAUCAAUGAUGUUAGUGAUUACAUGUGGUACAUGACUAGUCUUAACCUUGACAAGAAUGAUCCUAUUUGGAGUGAUGAUAUGAGCAUUAGAGUGAAUGGUUCCGGUCACAUACUGCAUGCUUAUGUCAAUGGCGAAUAUCUUGGUUCUCAAUGGGCAAAAUAUGGAAUAUUCAACUAUGUCUUUGAAAAUAAGGUUAAAUUGAACCCCGGAAGAAAUCAGAUAACACUACUCAGUGCCACUGUUGGUUUGCAGAACUAUGGGCCAUACUUUGAUGUGAUAGAAACUGGAUUACCUGGUCCGGUUGAGAUAGUUGGAAGGAAUGGUGAUGAGAGCGUUGUAAAGGACUUGUCAGCACACAAAUGGUCAUAUAAAGUUGGAUUGAAUGGGCUUGAUGAUAAACUUUAUAGUAGUGCAGACUCGCGUUUUGCUUCUCAAUGGCAAGCAAAAGACCUUCCCACCAAUAGGAUGAUGACUUGGUACAAGACCACCUUCAAGGCUCCAUUGGGCAAAGACCCAGUAGUAUUGAACAUGCAAGGUCUUGGAAAAGGUAAUGCUUGGGUUAAUGGCAACAGUAUUGGUAGGUAUUGGCCAAGUUACAUUGCAGAAGAGGAUGGUUGCUCCACCGAGGCUUGCGACUAUCGUGGACCUUAUGACAGUAAUAAGUGUGCCUCAAAUUGUGGUCAACCUACACAGAUAUGGUACCACGUUCCUCGCUCCUUUAUAAAUGACGGUGACAACGAACUUGUUUUGUUUGAAGAAUUUGGAGGCAAUCCAUCCUUAGUGAACUUCCAAACAGUUAGGGUUGGAACUGCUUGUGGAAAUGCUUAUGAGAACAAAGACAUGGAAUUAUCUUGUGAAGGACGACCCAUUUCGGCUAUUCAAUUUGCUAGUUUCGGUGACGUACGAGGCACUUGCGGGUCACAUGAGAAAGGCAGCUGCGAAGGAUCUAAUGAUGCAUUGGCCAUCCUCCAGAAUGCAUGCGUUGGAAAAGAGAGCUGCUCAGUUACAGCUUCUGAAGAAGUUUUUGGUGCAACAAAUUGCGGGGAUGUUACGAAGAGGCUUGUGGUGGAGGCCGUUUGUUAG